UCUCUCUCUAUCUAUCAUCCCUUCGUAUUGGUUUAUUGCGAAAAAAAUUCCUUUUUCUUUUUGGUUCUGUCAAAUCGUUUCUGUUCUCUUCUUCUUCUUCUUCUUCUUCUUCUUCUUCUAGUUUCUGUGUGUUUUUCUUUAUCAAGGAUUUCGAUUUCAAGAUCCAAAAUCAAGAGGCUGUUUAUAGCUUUGACUUGAAGAAAUGAGUGAUUUGACAACAGAGAAGGAAGAAGAUUCAAUAAAGUUCUUCACUUGAUUUGGGGUAUUAUUGAGAGGAUAAGGAAUCUAUUUGAGAGGCAUCUUGGCGUUGAAUCCGUUGGGUGUGUGUGAAAGAAAAGAAAGGAUCUUCUUGGUACUGUGUUCUUUUUUCAGUUUCAUGUGAUUCAUUGGAGAAAGUGGUAAAAAAAAAAAGAAGAAGCAGCAGAGAGCAGAGGUAUUGUCAAAGUCUGUGAGUUUUUUUGUAUUCAUCUGCAAUCAAAGGGUGAGAGAGUCUUUGGUUCUUGUCUUGAUUUCCAACUUGGUGGGGGCAUACUCAAAUAAUGCAAAGCUAGAAAACUUGGUAUCUUCCAGAAUCUAUUCAGCCCUUUUUUUAUCUUUCUCUCCAACAAAGUACACUUUUCUCUGAGGAUUGUGUUCUUCAGUUCUUCUAAAGUGAAAACACAACAGGGUCAAGACAAUCUCUUUGCAUUCUCCUCUCUUCUCUUCUUUCUGGUUAUUGUAAUCUUCAAAUGAGUCGACUUCAAAAGCGAGGGAAGCAGGAAAAGCCUCUAGUAUCUGAUGGAGCUCAAAAGGUUAUUGUUGCUGUUAAAGCCUCUCGAGAGAUUCCAAAGACAGCUUUGAUUUGGGCUUUAACUCAUGUCGUUCAGCCUGGGGAUUGCAUUACCCUCAUUGUUGUUGUCCCUUCUCACAAUUCUGGACGAAAACUUUGGGGUUUCACUAGGAGUUUCCCUAUGUUUGCUGGGGAUUGUGCAAGUGGCCAUCGGAAAUCACAUUCUGAAGCACUUCCUGAGAUAAAGAGUGAUCUCACUGACACUUGUUCCCAAAUGAUUCUCCAGCUUCACGAUGUCUAUGAUCCCAAUAAGAUAAAUGUCAAGAUUAAGAUUGUUUCUGGAUCACCCUGCGGAGCGGUUGCUGCGGAGUCGAAGAAAGCUCAAGCAAACUGGGUAGUUCUGGACAAACACCUCAAGCAGGAAGAGAAACGGUGUAUGGAUGAAUUGCAGUGUAACAUUGUGGUAAUGAAGCGUUCUCAGGCAAAAGUUUUACGCUUAAACUUGGUUGGAUCGCCUAAAAAGGAUGCUGACAAAGAGACUCCUUUACCAACUGGACCAGAAGCAGCGUCUGAAAAACACGCCAAGAACUCAAAAGGACUACCUGUAACUCCUACUAGCAGCCCUGAGCUGGGGACACCAUUCACAAGUACAGAAGCGGGGACUUCAUCAGUGUCGAGCUCUGACCCGGGAACUUCACCUUUUUUCACACUGGGAAUGAACGGAUACAUGAAGAAGGAUGGAGCAUUGGUCAUCAAGGAGAAUGAUCUUGACGAUUCUGGCUCUGAAACGGAGAGCGAGAGUCAGUCAUUAGCGUCGACGAGUAUGAGGUUUCAGCCAUGGAUAUCAGAAUAUAUUACCAACCAUCGCCAGUCAUCGCAGGAGGCUGAAGAAAGCCUAUGGAAAAAUGAUGAUAGGGCACAAAUUUCCACUACAAAGGCUUUGCUUGAAAAGUUCUCUAAACUUGAUGUAGAAGCUGGUUUGUCGUCUAGUCGAAGGAUUGAUAUGGAGUUUAGUGGAAGCCUAAGAGAUGCAAUAUCACUCUCUCGAAGUGCUCCCCCUGGUCCUCCUCCUCUCUGUUCUAUCUGCCAGCACAAGGCGCCAGUAUUUGGGAAACCUCCAAGGCUGUUUUCAUACGCAGAGUUAGAGCUUGCAACAGGUGGGUUUUCACAGGCUAACUUUUUGGCUGAAGGUGGUUAUGGAUCUGUUCAUCGUGGUGUGCUACCGGAAGGUCAGGUAGUUGCAGUGAAGCAACACAAACUGGCCAGUUCUCAGGGAGAUGUAGAGUUUUGCUCCGAAGUGGAAGUUCUCAGCUGUGCUCAGCAUAGAAAUGUCGUUAUGCUAAUUGGUUUCUGCAUUGAAGACAGCAGACGGCUCUUGGUCUACGAAUACAUAUGCAACGGUUCACUUGAUUCCCAUCUAUACGGUCGCCAAAAGGAAACUCUGGAAUGGUCAGCACGGCAAAAGAUUGCCGUUGGAGCUGCUAGAGGUCUUCGGUAUCUUCACGAAGAGUGCAGAGUUGGCUGUAUUGUCCACCGAGAUAUGCGGCCUAACAACAUCCUCAUCACUCAUGAUAAUGAGCCACUGGUUGGAGAUUUUGGCCUAGCGAGAUGGCAGCCUGAUGGAGAACUGGGUGUAGAUACACGAGUGAUAGGAACGUUCGGCUACUUAGCCCCAGAAUAUGCUCAAAGUGGGCAAAUCACAGAAAAAGCCGAUGUCUACUCGUUUGGGGUUGUUCUAGUUGAGCUAGUCACUGGCCGCAAAGCCAUUGAUAUCACCAGGCCAAAAGGCCAGCAAUGCCUCACUGAAUGGGCACGUCCGCUACUAGAAGAAUAUGCGGUAGAUGAACUUAUCGAUCCGAGGCUUGGCAACCAUUUUGUAGAAAGUGAGGUCAUUUGUAUGCUUCAUGCAGCUUCAUUGUGCAUACGGAGAGAUCCACAUUUGAGGCCACGCAUGUCUCAGGUGUUGCGUAUACUGGAAGGAGAUAUGAUAAUGGAUGGAAACUAUGCAUCGACACCAGGUUCAGAGGCAGGCAACAGAAGCGGGCGGUUCUGGGCAGAUCAUUACAGCGGUCACCUAACUAAUGAUGGGUCGGAUAGGUUCAGUGAAAGGCUAUCUGUUGAAUCACCAAGACUAGCUUUGAGGGAGAGAGAAAGAAGUCAGAGGUUUGAACUAAACCAUAACAACAAGCAAUACUAAAGAUCAAGACAGCUGAGUUACUGUGGCUUACGAAACUUUUAGUUGAUAGGGUGUUUAGUAAGGUCCCCUGUUUUGAGUAAUGUUGGUCCAAUGCUGGCAACACAGCAAUUUUUUGUUUGUAUAGCGGGGUAAGAUGCAAAAACAGUUGCUAAAUGCCUAAAUAUCUUAUCAAGGAAUUGAAAAUUGUUAAAAGCACAAAACAACAAGAAGCCUUUUCUUCUUUCGA